GUGGGGGGGGGUGCGCGAGGAACGAGGAAGAGCCUCGGUGCAGCCGCCGGGCCACGGGAAGGGCCUAAGACGGCCGCUUAGUUUUGGGUCGCUGGCUUCUGGCUUUUCCUUCCUUCUUUCCUUCCCUCCCUCCAGCCCAGAUUGGGAGCUGGCAAGGAGGAAAAGAGCACGAGGCCCGCCGAGGCUUUUUCGCUGAGCUUCGAGGAGGCGGGCUGGCGGGCGGCUCUGGCUUCUACGUGGUGGAGAUUUCUCCCCAUAACAGGGCCGGAGGAAAAAAGGGAAGCCCAGCUCGGGACUUGGCGUCGGGAGGAGGAGGAAGAAGAGGAGGAGGAGGAGGAAGCGGCGGGUGCUGCAACCUGGCGACCAAACCGGUCGCGUGCCCGUCGGGAGGCGCUGCUGCCCUGCGGCGCAGAGGCGCAACUGGGGCAGGAGCGCGGACGCCCCGGGCUGAGCCGAGCUCGAGAGCGCCAGGCAAUUGGCUCUUGCCGCCGCCGCAGCUUAGUCCCUCCCGCGCCGGAUUGCCUCGGAGUCCGGCUCGGCUUUUUGGAACCUCGUCGCCUGCGGCAAGCCCGGUUUCUCGGUCGCUGGAGGUGGGUGUGCGGGAGACUCCGGCUGCCGGAGGAGGAGGAGGAGGAGGCCUUUCUCCGAGCUGCCCACGGAACCCGAGCCUGGCCUGCUGGGGAGCUGCGUGUGUCCUGGAAAAAUUGACAGCAUCAAUGAAAGGGUUGAUUCCCUCUCUCAACUGCAGGCUGUUCGUAACAUAGCUAAGAAAGAUGCAGACUAUAGCUGAAAAUGGAGAUCCCCCUUCUGAAAAACAAAAUGAGGAGAAAACGUAUAAAAAGACUGCAUCUUCAGCUAUCAAAGGUGCCAUACAAUUGGGAAUAGGAUACACAGUGGGCAACCUUACAUCUAAACCAGACAGAGAUGUACUUAUGCAAGAUUUCUAUGUAGUUGAAAGUGUGUUUCUUCCCAGUGAAGGAAGCAAUCUGACUCCGGCUCAUCAUUAUCCAGACUUUAGAUUUAAGACCUACGCUCCUCUAGCUUUCCGUUACUUCAGAGAACUUUUUGGUAUUAAGCCUGAUGACUACUUGUAUUCAAUUUGCAGUGAACCAUUAAUAGAAUUAUCAAAUCCUGGUGCCAGUGGAUCCUUGUUCUUUGUCACUAGUGAUGAUGAAUUCAUAAUCAAAACAGUUCAACACAAAGAAGCAGAAUUCCUUCAGAAACUGUUGCCUGGCUACUACAUGAAUCUCAACCAGAACCCAAGGACGCUGUUACCCAAAUUUUAUGGCCUGUAUUGUGUUCAGUCGGGGGGUAUUAAUAUCAGGAUAGUUGUGAUGAACAAUGUUCUGCCUCGAGCACUGAAAAUGCAUUACAACUACGACUUGAAAGGGUCUACGUACAAAAGAAGAGCAUCUCGAAAAGAACGGGAGAAGUCUAACCCCACAUUUAAAGACUUGGAUUUCUUGCAAGAUUUGCACGAAGGAUUAUAUUUUGACUCGGAAACCUAUAGCGCAUUGAUGAAAACACUACAAAGGGAUUGCCGAGUGCUGGAAAGCUUUAAAAUCAUGGAUUAUAGUUUGUUGCUUGGCAUCCACAUCUUGGACAGUUCAGCAAAAGAGAGAGAAGGGGAGUUUUCUCAAAACACCUCUGAUUCUAAACGCCCAGGAGGACAAAGAGUUCUUUAUUCAACUGCUAUGGAGUCCAUUCAAGGUCCAGGAAAAUCAGGGGACUGUGUCAUCACAGAAAAUACCAAUACAAUGGGAGGCAUUCCAGCUAAAAGCUACAGAGGAGAAAAACUGCUGCUAUUUAUGGGCAUAAUUGAUAUCUUGCAGUCUUACAGGUUAAUAAAGAAGUUGGAGCAUUCUUGGAAAGCCCUUGUUUAUGACGGAGAUACAGUUUCAGUCCACCGACCAAGUUUUUAUGCUGACAGGUUUUUAAAGUUUAUGAGUACCAGAGUAUUCAAAAAAAAUCAGCUAUUAGCCUCCCGACAUCAUCCAGAUUUAGUGCCAAGCACAGCAUCUCUGUUUGAAGCCGCUUCUUUAGCAACCACAAUUUCUUCCUCUUCUCUCUACGUAGAUGACUCUUAUCCACAUGAUGGAACUAGGUUUUAUUCUAACAGUAAAGGGUUGCCUUCAAGUUCAACAUUCACUUUAGAAGACAGUGCCAUCUGCUUGACAUCAGAACAGAGCACGGUGGAAACUGAGACUGAUAAUGCUUCUGUCCUGGAUGUAUAUUUAUAACAGAAGAUGAAAGAAAAUGAGCAUAUUUUAACAAAUGCACUUUCUGCACUCCAGAUUUAUGAGGAAAAUUUUUGUUAAGCCUGAUAAACAAAGUCUUAAUCAUCAGAGCUCUACAGAAAUCAUCAAACAGAUCUUGAACUAUAGACAUCCCACCCUAGACUCAGCAGAUGAGAUGGGAAACAUUCCACAACUAAUCAUGGCCUGCUGUUGCCUGCUCAACUGUGAAGCCUUGCCUCUUCCAUCCUUUUAGCUGCUACUUCUACUUUCCUAUUGUCUUUUCAGGACUUGAAGGUGGUAUUUUCAUUUGCAUGUAUUCAGUGAUCAUGGACAAAAAUAUCUAAUCCGCCUUUCCUAUUUAAAGCGCCAUCUUCACAGUGGUGACUAUUCUAUAAAUCAAUUCUGCUUUUCUCCCUUUCCCCCAGAAUUAUGAUUGCUCAUCUGUUAAUUUCAUACAAGAGGUAGUAUGUCUGCACAUAACUUUAUGGAAACUAUCUUCUAUAAAGAAAUUUUCACUGUUUAUUAGUGAAAUAAAGAAGCUAUUUAUAACAAAGCCUUAUGUUGUGUACAUAUAUUGUCUUUGAAAUAUUUGUGAUUAGAUAUAUUGCUUGUAAAGGAUAAAUUACAUAAUUUAUUUAGUAUAUUCUACUGUAAACUAUAGUUUUAUUGACAAAUAAAGUAUUUUGUUCUCAAAAUAAA